AUGGAGGGCAAAAUAGUUGCCGUUAGCGGAGGGGCUCAAGGAAUAGGAUUUUCCACGGUUGAUCUCUUACUUUCCAAAGGUGCCAGGGUAUCGGUGGGAGAUUUGGAUGAGGCCAAACUUUCCAGUGCAGAAGAGCAUUUCCAGACUGCGGUGAAGGAGGAACGAGUCCGUUUUCAAAAGGUGGAUGUUUCCAAUUCCAAACAAGUCGACAGUUGGAUCGCAGAAACGGUCAAGUGGGGCGGUCGACUGGAUGGCGCUGUCAACGCGGCGGGCAUCAACUGUUCUGAAUCCGGCCAGCCAACCCUCGCCGACACCUCGGAUGAGCGCUGGAAUCUACUUCUCAGCGUAAACCUCACGGGCAUGUUCUACUGCCUCCGCGCCGAGAUCAACCACAUCACCGAUGGAGGAAGCAUAGUAUGCAUCUCCUCGGUCCAAGGGCUUUUGGGAUUUCCAACGUCGGCCUCAUACAGCGCGUCGAAGUUCGGCGUUAAUGGUCUGGUCAGGAGCGUGGCGAAAGAGACUGGAGACAGAAACGUACGCGUCAACGCUAUUGCUCCCGGUGCCAUCGACACUCGAAUGGUUCUCCCGCCCGACCGCAACGACCCCAAAACGCCAAUAAAGCGGAUUGGACGGCCAGAAGAAAUUGCUCAUUUGGCCGCCUUCCUUUUGGACAAUGAGGUUUCAUCCUUCACCACGGGCUCUGUAUAUUCCGUUGACGGAGGCUGGACCGCCUGA